CACAAAGCACAGAGCCAUCUGGCUGAGCUGGUUUGUUAUAAUCGAGCAGAUUAUGUUCACGGGACUCAGAGUUUAAGGCUCCUCUCCCAUAGAACAACUCUGCACAACCCAAGCAGACCAACUUUGAGACUUUGAAUGAACGUAUUUACAUCCACCUUUCUCUUCAUGUCGACUUUUCUGGAAACAUUCACACGGAUGCCAUGGUUACUCCUACCACGUGUUUUAUAGGAUUGCUUCAGCACUAGACAAUGCAUUCAGACACUGGAAGGAGUAGGAUCGGACACAAGAUCUUACAGGUGAACAAGGUGAUGUCCAUCUUGUUUUAUGUGGUAUUUCUCGCUUACCUUCGUGGCAUCCAGUCUUCCAACAUGGAUCAAAGGAGUUUGCCAAAAGAUUCAAUAAAUUCUCUUAUUAUUAAACUCAUUCAGGCAGACAUUUUAAAAAACAAGCUUUCUAAGCAAAUGGUAGACAUUAAGGAAAACUAUCAAAACACAGUGCAGAAAAUAGACACUCAGCAAGAGAUGGAUGGAGAGGAAAAUGUGAAAUCAGACUUCCAGCCAGUUAUCUCAGUGGAUACAGAUCUCUUGAGGCAGCAGAGACGCUACAACUCACCCCGAGUCCUCCUCAGUGACAACACGCCGCUGGAGCCACCGCCACUGUACCUGAUGGAGGAUUACAUCGGGAAUUCCAUGGUGGUGAACAGAACCUCCCGGCGGAAGAGGUACGCGGAGCACAGGGGCCACCGUGGAGAAUAUUCCGUUUGUGACAGUGAAAGUUUAUGGGUCACGGACAAAUCCUCCGCCAUCGACAUUAGGGGACACCAGGUGACUGUUCUGGGAGAAAUUAAAACAGGAAACUCUCCGGUUAAGCAAUACUUUUACGAAACGAGGUGUAAAGAGGCCAAGCCUGUAAAAAACGGCUGCCGCGGUAUUGAUGACAAGCACUGGAACUCCCAAUGCAAGACAUCCCAAACUUAUGUCAGAGCACUGACUUCAGAAAACAACAAACUGGUGGGCUGGAGGUGGAUAAGGAUAGACACCUCCUGCGUGUGCGCCUUGUCCAGGAAAAUAGGAAGAACAUAGAUCUGCAUCUCCUUGCUAUAUAAAUUAUUACUUUAAAUUAUAUGAUAUGCAUGUAGCAUAUAAAUGUUUAUAUUGUUUUAUAUAUAUUAUAAGUUGACCUUAUUUAUUAAACUUCAGCAAAUCUACAGUAUAUAAGCUUUCUCAGUCAAUAAACAAGAGCAAAGGGUGUGUGCCUCUGCCGUGGCCAACUCUGGGGUUUUUUAGACUACGUUUGUGACACUGCUUGUCGGCAGCAUACUGUAACCUUCCUGUAAAAUCUGUAAAAUCAGUAUUUUUCAUUCAGUUUUGUCAAACCAGUGACUGUCAUUUAGUAAACUUGUUAAAAAUCAGAUCAAUGCCAAGAGUUGUGUACAUAUUUAUAUUCCUUGUUCUAUAUGUCCAUAUUUAAUUGGAUCUGCAGCGUUGACUCCUCACCUCCAAAACCAAAAAAUGACCAAAAUACGUGUUGUAGGCUGCAGGUGAUGUCAAAUUUACAGGCAUCAGGUAGCCCUAAAAAAAAGUUUCUAUGUAUUAUGCCAGUUUUGCCAGUGAAAUGACCAUUUUCCCUCUGUUAUCAUUUCAGAAUGGCUGCUAGUAAUCCAGGAACAUCCAUUUGUGUUUUGGAAGCACAUUUGUUUUGCAACUGUUUCUAAUGCUGCCAGUGCUUCAUUGAAAAAAUAUGAAAGAAAUCUGAAAUAUUUGUAGCUGAAACUUGCUAAAGCCAAGAACUGAUCUAAAUGGAUUGUUAAUAUAAUACAUAAAAGAUGGUUUGUUGUGAUCAGCCUGUUCCUCCUCACACGAAUCAGUUAUCUUCUGCUUGCAUUGUUGGAUCAUUCUCCUCUUAGUUUUUAAAUUAGAAGCAAAUCUGGUGGCAUCUUUACCUUAAAAGAGACUUUGGCUUGCAAAUUGUAGUAAAGAAAGAUGUGAUAUCCUGGCAUGGAUAUCAAAGCCACAAGCCUGUACAAAGGUUUCCUUCUCCUCAGCAAUCCAUCCUCCAUCUUUCACAAGGUGAAAAUGUGUUGAAGUGCUUGAGAAACCUGGUACCUUUCACAGGAACAUGAAAUGGAUGGUGGCUAAUAUCCAUGAAGUCUGCAGUCGUACUGAAAUUCCCCAAUUAAACACGAGUUGUUGCUUAGGACAGACAAAUGUGCUAGCGUGUAUUUACCUCAGAUUCUUCUUUGGAUUGUCACGUAGCUCCACUGGGGACAGAAAUAAUGACACUACUUGAAGAGAUGUCCCAUUACACAUUAGCUGUGCAAUGCCCUGGACGGGAUCCCACUCCCAGGAAGCAAAUGAAAGUUCAUGGCUGGGAACAGAAUUCAGAUUCGGCUGCACAUUAUCUGUGUCCAGACAGAUCCAAUCCACAGCCAGGGCUGUGGGUCAGGGCUUUAUUCAGAAAGUUUUACCCUCUUCUUUUUUUUUUUUUUUCUGAGGGUUUUACCACUACAGCUUUUGCUGCCAUAGCAUGUUCAGCAUCACAAAUGGAAAUGAGAUCAAAGCCCUCAGACACGAGGUUGCAGGAUGCCUUUGCUCAUAAAGCUUUCAUUCCUGGAAAACCAGCUUCAAACAUGCACCAGGCCAUGAAAUGCAGCAUACUGUGCAGUCUCCCCUAAACCCUUACAGAACGUGCUGCUCACCAUAAAGCCGCCAGAGAGCUGGACAGGUUGCCUUGAGGCCAAGCACUGGAGCAGUCCUGUCUUGGAAAGCCAGGCUGGAGCACAUGCAUAUUUUCUUCAAGGGAGACCAGAAGCAAAGC